UCAUUAAAAUAUAGACAAUGAAAUUUAAUCUAUUCGUUUGUCUUUGUAACGAGUCCUGUGUUCGGUACGAAUACAUUUCGCAAUGCAUUUAUUGCAACAAAGUAUCAACAAAUAGGCAUGGAAGAUGCAACAUUGUAUCCAGAGUUGGAUGGUGCGACCAGAGUAGCGUCAGCUUUAAAAGAACAUCGGGCUCUAUAUAACUGCAUCUUUUCUGAGCAAGAAAUGCAGUAUUCGAGUUUAUAUUGUAUUUAGUAGCCAAAACAACUCUUCUUGAAAUUGCCUAAAACACUAGUUAUCAUUUGAAUGAAUGUCACGACAGGUGUAUGUUUUUAUUACACCUGUCAUCUCUUGACUUAAUAGUUUACUUGCAUGAAACGUUUACAUUUGAUUAAUUGGGACCGAUUUGUGUAAUUGGUGACUGGAGGAAAUGAUAAUGGCUGUCAUGACAAUAAGAGAGGCUAACAGCUGUUGCCUCAAAAAGGGCACUGUUUUCAAUUUUUGGAAUAUUAAAUAUUUGUAUUGUAUGUGUAUUUCACACUAUAUAAAUGUAUACUAUAUAUCAGUAAUCUAUACUAUAUUAAUAUGUAAUUCAUUAAGCAUGAAUUUGAUGUCAAGUAACACUUGAUUUGUAAUCUUUAAAUAAUUGUGAUUUUUACAUUUGUAAUAUUUUGUCCAGUUAUUUCAGUGUCUGCUGAAUGUGGCCACUGAAUUUCACUGAAUCUAAGCAAGGCACACAGAGAAGAUGGACAGCUAUGGGUUCUCCAGUGACAUGUUCAGCGGCAGAGCUGUUUUGGGGGAGGACAGCUCGGUCAUGGCCCGCAUGCAGAAGAAGUUCUGGAAGACCAAGCAGGUUCUGAUCAAGGCCACAGGGAAAAAGGAAGAUGAGCAUGUGGUUGCAUCUGACGCAGACCUGGAUGCUAAACUAGGGUUUUUCCGUUCAGUCCAGAGCACUUGCACAGAGCUUCUGAGAGUGAUUGAGAAAUACCAGCAAAGAAUCACACACCUUUCUCAGGAGGAGAAUGAGCUUGGGCUGUUCCUGCGCUUCCAGGCAGAGCAUGAUAAAACAAAAGCAGGCAGUAUGAUGGACGCCACUAGUAAGGCCCUCUGCUGCUCUGCCAAGCAGAGACUGGCACUGUGUCCCCCUCUCCAUCGAAUGGAACAGGAAGUGGACACGUUCCGGAGGAGAGCCAUUGCUGACACUUUGCUGACAGUGAGCCGAAUGGAGAAAGCCCGGACCGAGUACCGCGGAGCUCUGCUAUGGAUGAAGGACGUCUCGCAGGAACUGGACCCAGACACCUACAAACAACUGGAGAAAUUUCGCAAGGUGCAGGCCCAGGUAAGAGGGACAAAAGUGCAGUUUGAUAAACUGAAGAAUGACGUGUGUCAGAAAGUGGACAUGCUGGGAGCCAGUCGUUGCAACAUGGUAUCACAUUCCUUAUGCACAUACCAGACAACGCUCCUACAGUACUGGGAGAAGACCGCACACAUUAUGUCUGGCAUCCACGAUGCCUUCAAAGGAUAUGUUCCCUACCAGUUUACUACCCUCAAAGAACUGAGGGAUCCACUGGACCAGAUUACCUCUGAACAGCCAGCAGAGGACAGAAAAGAGAAGGGCAAGAAGACACAUCCAGACAAUCUUGUUUCACUUGAAGAUGAACAGCUGGGUGAAUCAUCCGAGACUGUUUCUACUCGUGCUGUAGAUGGACAAAGUAGAGGAUCUGACAGCUCACUAUGUGCCAGCCUGGACUCUGCCUUGAAUGAACAGUUUGGCCACUUUGAUGAAGCUAGCACAGACGAUGACCUCCUAUUCAUGACCUCUGACCCUGCCCCGAUCAUGACCCCGAUCCCUUCCCUAACUCCAACCUUGGCCCCAACCCUAAACCCGGCCAUGCCUGCUCUGCAGCCCCACACACUGCAGGAUGCCACAGCGCCUCCUACAGUUCAGUGGGAUUUAGGUGCCUCACAUUUGGAAAAGCAGAACGCAUUAAUCAGCACUGUACGAACUGAAAUAGGCAGAGAUCUGUUGUCUGAGGAUUUACACUCCGGUGAGGUGAACGAAGAGGAGGGAGAGAGGGGAGAUCUGUCAUUCUUGCAGGAUCUUCUGAGUCCCGGUGCCACAGUUGGCACUAGUGAGUUCAGUCAAGCGUGGCAGGAUGCUUUCGGCUGUUUUGAGGCCCCUCCUACUCCUGUUGCUCCUGAUACUCCUGCUUCAUCACAGGCAGAAACAACGAACACAUCCACUGGCUUCCUGCCAUCUCAACUCCUGGACCAAAGCCUCCAUGCCACAGGAUGGGCGACACCACCCAUGUUUCAAGCCCCACCCCUCCAACCACCGCCCAUUGGAGGACAAGCUCAUCCUGCCCAGAAUAGCCCAAACUCUUUGGUUAAUGCUGCUAAAGGAAGCUCAAGGGACAUGUCUGCCUGGUUCAACCUUUUUGCAGAUCUGGACCCUCUGUCCAACCCAGAUGCUAUUGGACGUAGUGAUCAGGAGAUCCUCAGUGCCUGAGGUGUGUUUGUUGAGUGAGUGAAAGUUUGAAGCUGAUCACAUCCAAAAACUUCUCUGUCCGUGAGGGAUCCUCGAUUUGGAGCUGGAACAUUACCUCUCCUGAAACUCCGAUUCAACUAGAGCCAAGGAAGGUUCCAGAAAACUGUCCAUAUCACUGGAAAACUAGAAGGUUUCUGACUUAUGAGAACAUGUCUCUUUCCAUCUUUCAAAUUGUGUGUGUGUGUGUGUGUGUGUGCAUCUGCUGUAUGUUAAGACAACGAAGGGUACAAUGUUAAAGAUUUCACCAUAUCUCUAUAUCACUAUAUCUGAGUGUUGUUACAUGGUAAUAAAGUAUAUGUUACUUUACGAAGUACACAUCUUUAAAGGGAAAUGAAGGUCAAAUGUUUGAGAAUUUGCCCUUUUCGUGUGUGUGUGUGUGUGUGUGUGUGUGGAGAGUAGUGACCAAGAAAAUAAACCUAUACAAAAUAUCUGUCUGCUUUGUAUAACAGGGGUCAUGAGUUUUAAACGUCCAGAAACAGGGUUACAUAUUUAUUACACCUAUUGUAGAUUACAGACUGUAUUUUAAAUCAACUACAGAUAUCCAAAGUGUGUGAAGUUACGCACGCAUCACAAAUGUUUUUUUUUUUUUAUUCUCACUUGAUUACCCCGAACAAUAAAUCUGAUUAAUGAAAUUAUUUAUUAAUACCAUAAAAUAGUGUUACUGUAAACUACAUAUGCAAGUCGUGUGCUGUGCCGUUAGUUUAAUGAGAUGACAAAAAUGCUAAAAUUCACACAUAGAAUGAACAUCUCCAACAAGUUCUUCACUGUCACACUGUGCUGCAAAACACUGGAAUGAAUUCUCUCUGUUUGUGUGAAUAUGUUUUUGUAAGUUAUGUCAUUUUGACCACCAGAUUUCCUGGCAACCCCUUCCCGUACUCUUAAAAAAACAUGACCCAUUUCACGUUUCACUCCUAACACAUCGAGAGUCCGUUUAUUUGCAACUAUGACCAGUCUGUUUUCUUUGGUUGUAAAACAAUCGGCAGCACUUUACAUUAAGGUUCCAUUUGUUUACAUUAGUUAACAACAUUCUUUAACAUGAACAAUACUUUUACACUAUUUAAUAAUCUUGGUUAAUGUUCAUUUCAAAUGAUGUACUAAUGUAGUUUUUAGUAUAGUGUUACAGUACAUUAACAUAAGUUAAUUAUUAAUUGAUUGUAUUUUAUUAACUAACAUUAACAAAGAAUAAAUGGUGUAAAAAAUAUUUUUUCAGUAUUAGUUAAUGGUACUGAAAUGUAAUGGGUUCGAUACAAGUUGAGCUCAGUCAACAGCAUUUGUGGCAUAAUGUUGAUAACCAGAGAUGGGACCAAGUCACACAUGUGCAAGUCUCAAGUAAGUCUCAAGUAAGUCUCAAGUCUUAACCUUCAAGUCUCAAGUAAGUCCCAAGUAUUUUUUUCUUGGGCAAGUCAAGUCACAGGCUAUGUCAAGUCACGUCCACGUCAAGUCACCUUAUUAUUGUAAUUUUACCUGCAGAAUCUGAUCAUAAUAAAGUGCAAAGACAAGAUAUAAGUAACUGUCAGUAAAUUACAAUACUCAUGUUCAGUAAAAUACAUCAUGGAAUCAAACAAAAUUGUAACUUCAUAAAAUUAUUUAUUUUUCACCUCUGCCAACAGUGUUUGAAAUGUUUUAAAUGUUCAACAUUGAGUCCAUAAAACAAAUAACAGCUUAACAUCCAACAGACUCCUCUCUGAACACCUCCCUCUCUCUCUCUCUCAAACACAGUUACAUACAUUAAACUUUGUUACAUUUCUCCUCUCUCACACACACUCUCUCUCUCACACUCACUCUCACACACACUCUCUCACACACACUCACUCACUCUCGCGCUCACACACACACACACUCACUCACUCUCGCGCUCACACACACACACACACACACUCACUCUCGCGCUCUCACACUCCCACACCCACACUCACUCACUCACACAGAGUAUAUCCAUAAGCCUAUUUUUGCAAUGUCUGUGAGUGGGAAACGUUGAGGUACCAGCGCGCGUGAACGUCAUGGCAACGUACAAAACAAAGUACCUCGCGCGGGAAACACUUAACGUAAAUGCGCGUAACUAACGUAAAUCAAGCAGGCUAGUAUGCAGCAUAAGCCACGAAGUGUUGGCGAAAUAAAAAAUUAAUGGACAGAUUUUUUUUUCCCAGAAAACUUCUUGCACAAAAUAAAUUCAAGCACUUUCAAGGACCUGUAUCUAUGUAUGUUUAUUUUCAAGAACUUUCCAGGGCCUUGAAUUUUAUUUUUCAGAUUCACAAACUUUCAAGGAUUUCAAGGACCCGUGGGAACCCUGCUAUUAUUACAUUAGCUAACUACCAACUAACCAGAUAAAAUUCACAAACUGACAAGCACUUACUGGGCAGAAUGGCUCUUCAAAUGGCGGACGAAAUUGGAGGUUGUCGUCUGGCUGUCCGCGAUCUUAACGUUGCAUGUCUUGCAAAGCGCUGUUCGUCUUUUGCCAUCUUGAUAAUAAUUUUUGAAGCCGAAAGCGAUGACCCUCGGUAACGUUACCCCUCCGGCUGACAUGUUGAUGUGUUAUCUGAUCUAAGUGGGCGUGGUGUGCGUAAGGUACGAGAGGGCAUGGCUGAUGAUAGCCUAUAGUGUCGUGAUCCAGUCAUGUCAAAAAUAUUCUCAGCCUGCGCUCCAGCUGGAUCAACUUUUUUUUUAUUUAAUAAUUUAUAUAUUUUAUAUUCAAACUGAAAACAUCAUGUGAUUAACGCUCAAGUCAUUCAAGUCUUCGUGUCUCAAGUCAAGUCAAGUCCCGAGUCUUUAACUUCCAAGUCCGAGUCAAGUCUCAAGUAUUUUAUUUUUUGUCAAGUCAUAAAAAUAGCGACUCCAGUCGACUCGAGUCCAAGUCACCAAGUCACAAGUCCCCAUGUCUGUUGAUAACAACAACAAAUUUAUUUCGACUCAUUCCUCCUUUUUCUUUAAAAAAAAUAAAAAAGCAAAAAUGGAGGUUAGAGUGAGGCACUUACUGUUUAGUCAAUGGGGCCAAUUUUUGGAGGGUUUAAACAGAAAUGUGAAGCUUAUAAUUUUAUAAAAGCACUUGCAUUCAUUUUUCUAUUAAAACUCAUGUGUUAUUUGAGCUGUUUAAAUUGCCAUUUUUGUUUUUUACAAUACAUCGUCAUGGCAACAAAGUUGUAAAAUCCCCUAUAACUUUACACAUAAAAGGUUAGUAAGUGAUUUUAUCUCACUGAAGUCAUGUUAACACACAUACACAUUCUUGCUACAUUUUUAAAACCGUGAGAAUUUUAACAAAAAUUUGGCCCCCAUUCACUUCCAUUGUAAGUGCAUCACUGUAUCCCAGAUUUUUUUAAAAUGUUUGAUGGAAAUGGAGGGACGAGCCAAAAUCAAUCUUUGUGCUAAUCAAUAUUAUGCUACAUAUCCUGUCCAUUGAGCUGAACUUUUAUUGAGCCCAGAACAUUCCUUUAUGUUAACAAAUGGAACCUUAAUGUAAAGUGUUACGAAAUAAUCGUAAUUAUUUCUUGCACUAAACUGCUUCCGGGCGGCAUCUCGGAUGGUUCUAGAAUGAAUCUAAUAAUUGGUUUUGAUGUCUCUGAAUAGCUUGUGUAGGCAUAUAACCAUGGAUCAUUUCAAAUGGGAUAUCACUCCAUAUUUGAGGGAGCACACAUUUCUUUCUUAUUGUGCAGUUUAACGUUUUGAAGUGUCACUUUCUGUACUAGAUCAUUUUUCAUGUGUGUGGAACUAUAUGUUCUUUUUUGUAUUGUAACACUUUGUUCUUUGUCUUUUUUAAACUUGGUAUGAAAAGAAUGUACACGGCACCAUUCGUGGCUGCUUUCAUCACUUUAUUUUAUGCAAAUUUGCCUUUUAAGUUACAUAAACAAAGUACUUGUAGAAUUUCAUUGAAACAAACUGGAAUAUAGGAGAGCGUGCAUCACCAAGGCUUUGAUACUUCAUUUGAGAGUAAAUAAAUUUGAGUGAAAUUCUGUCA